AUGUCAAAUAUACCUUUACUGAGAAAUGCCUUUCUCAGAAAAACAGAUAUUAAGUUUAAUUAUGAAGAAUUAGCAUCAAUAUCUUAUAACAAACUCAUAGAAAUUUUAAACAUUACUGGAAAGAGCAAACCAAAGUUUGAUGGAAAAGCUUUCUUUAGAUCAUUAGGCACAGAAGUCUUAGCACAAGAAGAUGGAAUUCUAAAUAUACGUGAAAAGAGGCAAGGCAAUCUGAGAAAAUUAGAAUACUGCAUAAAAGUAAUUCUAACAGCUUUGUAUAUUUCACUUUCUACUACUGCAAAUGCUAGAAUUAUAGAUAUCGAAACUUAUUGUUUACAAUCUAACAGAUUUCAACUCACUAUAUCAGCAUCAAAAUAUCUUUUCAAAGAUACAAUUAUAACAAUAGACUUACAGGAUAUCGAGAUACCAAGGACUGUGAAAGCUUUCUCAAAACUUAUAACAGCUAUAAAAGUUAUUUUAUCUUGA